AUGCCGACCUGGUUCCUUCCCCCAGACUUCACCUUUGCAGCUGACGGUCCACUUCAGCUCGGCACUGUCAUCACACACCCCAAGAAGCCCACACUUGUGCUCACUGCCCUGGGCUCAUCAAAUUUGGACAUAAAGCUCCCAAGAAUAAGCACACUCGUCGAGCCUAAUCACUCCCAUGACCAUUCGUACGCCCGAUCCAAUAGUUUCGCCAUCUGGUCGCAGUUCCUCGCCAUGGCCUCCGCUUCAAUAGAUAUCGGCAUUGGAAGGAAAGAAUCUCUCAGCCACAGCACCGUUGAUCACGAAAUACGUACCUUUGCAGACCCUCUAACCACGGAGACUGCGCUGAAGAUUGCGGCACUCCCAGUCGUACAACAACAGAUGGCCAGCGGGCUUUUUGGUAAGCGCCCCGUUUACGUAGUCUCGGGGGUUAGGAUUGCGAGAACGUCAUUCACGGUGAAAAAAGAAAGAGGCACACACUAUAAUGGAGGGUUGUCCGGAUCUGGUCCUCCCGUCCCUGGCCCUGUACCCCUGGAGCUGGGAGCGGGUGUGGCACACGCUCGAGAGACGACAGUGACAGACUCAUAUGAGACAGCACCAGAAAUCGUGUAUGCGUACAGAGUACACAUAGUCCGAUACAAGCGAGCAGGUACUGAGAUGGAGCUGUUCCAGAGCAAGAGUGCGUUCAUGACGGGUUCUGGGAGGGCGGAUGAAGAGGAGCUACCUGUUGUGGUGGAGGGCACCAAAGAAGAGCUGGAUGCGGAUUUGGAAGAAGAUAACGAUUACAAGGAGACUCGGGGCGGGGAAGACGAUAUAAGCGUGGGUAGAGCAGAGUUUGGAAAGAGUGUCAACACCGCUAAAGAGUUCGGUGUUUACAUGUCCGACACAAUGGGUGAUGCUGACUUCGUAGCAUGGAGAGAUGGAUUGAGAAAGCAGCAGAAGGAGCCAAAAGAGAAGAGGAAAAAGAAGAAGAAAGAGAAGCAGUCCAAGUCGAAGAAGCAAAGUGAAUCGAGCUCUUCAGCGAGCGAGAGCGAGAGCGAGGAUGAGGAUGAGUCUGACAGUAAUUAA